CGGCCUCUACCGCGUCCUCCAUCUCGACUUUAAACCUCAAUAAUGGAUAUCCGCAUCGUGACGUCAUCGCUAUUGAUCGUCGCCCUGCUGAUGACGUCAUCGCUAACGUCAUCGGCUGCAGGAGAGCUUUUGAUUGGCCAAUCGCCGAGAACGUACACUGAUUACGACGCUUGGGCAGCUGACCUGAAACCGGGCUUCAAGAUCGUCCGGAAGAGGAAGGACGGCCAGUGGUGCUCGUGCAAGGUGCCCGCGGGGUCCUCCUCGUCCAGCUUCGGGCUCUGGGGCCACUCGGGCGAGAUCGGGACGGGCACCCUCCCCUCGCACGAGCCCGAAGACUCCUCGCUGUUCAUCGGGAUCUUCAACUCGAAGGGAUCGCAGACGGGCCAGCAUAAUUUCCUAGGCUGAACAUUUCCCGCGGAUUUUUUCCGCUUUCCGAUCAGGAUGGCCAAAAUUCGGAUCUGAUGUAACAAAAUUUCUUUAAUUUCAUUGAUAUAAUUAAUAGCUUUUGGGUAUUCAGAAACAUUGAGAGCCUUUCAUAGGCAUGCAUUUUCUUAACCGAUUUUUCCUUUACUUUGAAUAGCAAGCAAACAUGAAAUGUUUCCUGACAACUUUAGACGUAAAAAAUUAUAGUAAUAAAUUCAAUACUGAAAGUGAAUCCUCAAGCCAAUUUAGUAAUUUUGAAAUGAAAAUAAAAGUCUGGAAUACCAGUAUUGUAUACUUUCCUCUCGUACCAGGAAAUCAUUCAGGUGUGAUCAACUGCGCAUCUAAUACAGGAAGGUAAAUUCCCUCCUUGUGUUCACUUGUCAGGGAACGCGCAACGUAUAGGCGGCACCUCGCCCUGAGUGAAGGCUCCUUUUCAAACACCAUGAUUAGAUUUUAAUGCGCCUUGAUCUGUAAAGAAAUAAAUACAAUCUGAAAAUGUGACCCACCAUGUAUCCCUAUACAUUUUCAUCCAUCUCUCACAAACCGAGAAAAAAUUAUGAUACCUACUUGACAAAUGAGCAAGUAAUUAAAGUUAUUCGAAGAGAAUUAAGCGCGGUUAAUGGAAGAAACUGCCACCGAGA